GUUGCUGCUUUCCUCCACAAACAAUUAGCACGAAAGUUAUACAAUAUAAUAUCGUUUUCUCAUGAAGGGUCAUACGUCGAGUUAAAGAGAAUUCUGGUACAGGUAGCAGCGUGUGGACUAGACGACGCGAAGGAGCCCGGAGUUGGACUAGGCCUUUGUUCCUAGGCUUUAAACAUGGCAGCUAAAAAUGUAACAUCCUAGGCUUCUGGAAGGGCUGCUGUGCCCCGCAAGGCGCUCUUUGUCAUUCGCUUUUGGAGGAAUGCCCUAGGACAACGUGGACGAGCCCCAGGCGCGAUGUCCGUCACAACUCAUGUUACUGACGAUGAUACAGGACUUGGAGGAGGGCAAAGGGCGGUGCUACCGCUGGGGCUGUCACCUGACGACGUCAACUGCCCAAUUUGUGUGGAGACCAUAUCCGACCCCUUUGUCACGUCAUGCGGACAUACGUUUUGCUACCAGUGCAUACUUACGCAUCUGAAGCACAAAAACAGCUGCCCAUCAUGCGGCAAUUAUUUGACAGCCGACAACAUCUACCCAAACUUCUUGCUGAACAAAAUCCUCCGCAAAGCCGCGGCUGUGCCCGCUGCCAACAACAGCUCGCUGGUGGACCAGGUGCAGCGGCUGCUAGCAGACAACAUGGUAGCCGCGGACACCGCCGCGCCGCAUCCCGCCAACUUCACCCAAAGCCCAGAGGCGCACCUCGCCUCGUCCCCAACCGCAGCAGCCACGGUGGCGAUGCCGCUGGGAGGAGCUGCCUGCGGCGGGAGUGGCGGCAGCGGCCCUUGCAGCGGCGGUGCCGCAGGCGGCGGCAAGUGCUGCGGUCGCGGCGGUGGCGGCGGCGGUAGGGGUGCCUGCUGCGGCGGCCGUGGCGGUGGUGGCGGCUGCUGUGGCGGGCGGAAGCGCUUGCGGCUGCGGUUGCGCGACAUAGAUGCCGUACUGGAGGCGUUAUACGACGCUCGGGAGGAGCUGGAGAGGCGCGAGUCGUCCGAUGUGUUGCACUUGCUGCUGUGCUUCCUGCAGCAUGCUAGGGAGCACAAGGCCCGGCAGGUGGCGGAGCUGCACCAGCAGCUGGCCUGCCUGGACCUCGACAUCCUCACCGUCACCUCGUCAGCAGCAGAAGUGGGGGCAGCGGGGGCUGCAGCAGGAGCGGCAGCACUAGCGCUCGCCUUACCCGCCGCGACCUUACCCGCCUUACCCGCAGCCAGUGAAGGCGGCCAUGCAGCCGCUGCUGCGGAGGGCGGGUGCGGUGAUGCAGCUGCUUCUCCACCCGCCACCGCAGCAGCAACUCCAUCCCAUUACCACCUAGCGCAGCCGCCGCUACAGCAGCAGCACCACCCUCUACCACCCCAGGCGGAACCAAAGCAGCAGCUCCAACCAGAGGACGAGCUGCAGGGCCCACAGACGGGCCCACAGGACCGCCCUCCCGCCCCAGACCAGGAGGACCCCCGGGCUCAGGGUCAGGCCCAAGCACAGAGCCGCGCCGUGCCGCACCACCACCCCGCCACCUGGCUGCGCCGAGCCCACCCCCACCUGCGUCCUGAAACGCAACCACCAUUACAACAACAACAACCACCACCACAACAACAACCCGGUGAGCGCUCCAGGUGCCGACCAGAGCGGGCUGGCGCAGGCGGCGGCGGUGGUGGUGGUGGUGACGGAGAAGCGCGCGGCAGCGGCGGCGGUGGCGGCGGCGGGUGCUGCGGCGGCCGUGGCGGCUGCGGAGGAGGAGGUGGUGGUGGUGGUGGUGGUGGUGGCUGCUGCAGAGGCGUCGGCGCCUCGGGGUCGUGUUCGGGAGGUUGCCGGGGUAGCCUGGAAUUGGAGUUAGCACUGGACCUAGGCAGCCAUGACAGGUCUGCAACAGGCCGUUCUGGGGACGGCCUGCUGCUGGGGUUUGCGGGCGGCGGCAAGGAAGAAGAAAAGGAGGACGGCGGUGCGGGUACGGGGACGGGGCGGAGUGCUCCCAACCUGACAACGGCAGCAGCGGCAGCAGCAGUCGGGCCCCAGACCGCUGCUGCUGCUGCUGCCCCCCCGCGGCCGCUCCGCCGACCUCCCCUCCGUCACGGCAGCUGGCAGCUGCACACCCUCACCCCCGAGGGCGGCAUCAGUAGCAUCACCCUAGACACCAGCGUCCUCACGGAGCCCGAACAGCGCGCAGCGGCGUUUGCGGCCGCCGUGCAACACGCUCUGGCGGCGGCGCGUGCCGGUGUUGGCGGGUUGGGCAUGAGCGGCAGCGGCAGUGCAGGCAGCGGCGGUGGGGGAGGAGGUGGGGGUCGUCCUCGGGUGGCGGUGUGUGAGGAGGAGGAGCGGCCGCUAGGUAACUCCUCAGCGGCUGCUGCUGCUUGCGGUAGCGGUAGCGGUAGCGACGUUCUGGGUGGGACAGGCGGCGGCAGGGGCUUCAUGCCGCGGUGUGGCAGCGCGGAUAACUUUCAGCUCCUUUCGACAGGAGCUGCAGGUCAGGCGGAGGCCGCCGCUGCCGCUGCCCCCGCGCCUGCCCCCGCCUUCACCGCCGGUUCCCUGCCGUCAGCCGCAUCGUGCGGAAGCAGCGGCAGCGGCGAGGAGGGCGGCAGCGCGCUGAGCGGUGCCGCAGCGGGCUGCUGCUGCGGCUCUGAACAGCCGCGGGGCUUGGGAGCGGCAGCAGCAGCGGUGGUAGCAGGAGCAGGUGGAGGGGCAGGCGGGAGGGGCGGCACGGCGGGGGAGGACAACAUGGUGGUGGACGAGGGCAGCGUGGGUGCAGGUGGCAGUGCUGGCAGCAGGGCGAGGUGUCCGGGUAGAGAAGAGGAGCAGGAGGAGGAGGAGGACGAGAUGAAUGUCCGAGAGCGGCGCCGCGGCAGGGGCUUUCCCCGCUGUCGAGGGGGCCGUCGCAGUGAGGGAGAAGACCGCGAAGGUGCCUCCUACCGGCAGCAGCACCACCACCAGCAGCAGCUCCAGGGGCGGCCUUCGCUGCCGCAUGCGCCACCGCAACGGGCGGAUGGGGGCCAGGGCGGCGGGGGUGGGGGCGAGGGCCGCCCCGGCGAACGCGACGAUGACGACCCCGCGGCCAUUCAGGCGGCCAAGCGGCGGCGCAUGCUGUCGCAGUUUGAGGCGCUGGAGCGGUGCUACCUGCAGAUGCGAGCAAAGAGGGUAUCGCUGACAGGGUCCGCGCUUCCGCCGCCCGGCCUCGACCCCUCCGCCCUCGUUGCCUCCUCCGCGGCUGCGGCGCCGCCGCCGGCGUCGCUGAACCCCUGUCUGGGCCCCGCCGCCGCCGCCGCUGGCUCCUUGCCGUACGGCAACACAGCCGGGCGGCCCCUUGACGGCGGUGGCCCCGGGGCUCCAGAGCUCCCCCCUGACGCCGCCGCCGCUGCUGCUGCCGCUACCGCUAUUGGCGCUGAGGGGCGACUCUCCUGGCCUGCUGGCGGCGGCGGCGGCGGUGUUGCCGCUCCUUUUGGUAGCGGCAGCAGCGGUGCGCCGAUCGCAGCAGCAGCUGCCGGCGGCUGCUGUGGUAACGGCGGCGGCGGCGGUGAUGCGGAGCUGUCUUCCUUUGGUGCCGUACUCGCCGCCGCCACGCGCUACAGCCGACUGGAGAUGCUGGCGGAGAUACCCAGGUAUGGUUCCGGGGGCGGUGGGGAAGCAGCCGGCGGCGGUGGUGGCGGCGGCGGCUUUGGUGCAGGGCAGGCGGCGGCGGCGGCGGCGGCAGCGCCCGCCACGUCUAGAGGCAGCGGCGGUGGAGGCGGUGGACUUCAGAUCUUGUCAAGCAUUGAGUUCGACCUUUCAGACGACUUGUUCGCUACGGCGGGUGUCGUACCGCGAAUCCUGGUGUACGACUACCAGUCUCUGCUGUCCCGGCCUCCCGCCCCCUGCCGCCCCGCCCGCCCGGUUCGCGAGCUGUCCGCCCGCUGCAAGCUGUCCUGCCUGAGCUACUCGGCGGGGGUGCGGCAGCAGCUGCUGGCUGCGGACUACAUGGGCGGUGUGGGGCUGUGGGACACGGAGGCUGGCGUGCUGGUUCAGGACUACGAGGCUCACGAGCGACGGGUGUGGGGUGUGGACUUCUCGCCCGCCUGCCACCACACCUUUGCCAGUGGCAGCGACGACGGACUUGUAAAGAUCUGGAGCACCCGCCAGCCCGGCAGCUGCCUGGCGCUGGAGCUGCGCGGCAACGUGUGCGGGGUGGAGUGGCACCCCACCUGCCCCCACCUGCUGGCGGUGGGCUCCGCGCUGCACUGCGCGGCGGUGUACGACAUACGGCGACCCGGGGCGCCGCUGCACACGCUGCUGGGCCACCGCAAGGCCGUCUCCUACGUGCGCUGGUGCCCCGGCGGCAGCGAGCUGGUGACCGCAUCCACCGACAGCACCCUCAAGCUCUGGUCCCUCUCACCGCCCCCCGCCUCCUCCUCCUGCCCCUCCUCUUGCUCCCCCUCCGCCGCCGCCACUGUCGCCCACGAGGCCCUCCGCGGCGCCCGCCUGCUGCGCACCUUCAGCGGCCACCUCAACGAACGCAACUUUGUGGGGCUGUGCGUCUCCUCACCGCCAUCCUCCUCCGCCUCCUCCUCCUCCGCCGCCGCCGCCUGCUUGCCUCCGUCACCAGAUCAACACCGCGACGAUGCGGAUGACAUGCGACCAGCCUCCCCCCGCUGGGCCAGCAACGGCAGCCGUGGUGGUGGUGGUGGUGCUGCUGCUGCUGCCGCCCCUCCCCCCUGCUGCGGCGAGUACAUUGCGACGGGCAGUGAGCGGCACGAGGUGGUGCUGUACCACCGCUCGCUGCCGCAACCCGCAAUGCGGCUGGCGCUGGAUGGAAGACUGCCCGAAUCCGAGCGAGCCGGCGCUGCAGGCGCCUCCUCCUCCUCCACCCUGCUCGGGCCCCGCCCCCACCACCCCCCCGCCGCCGCCGCCCCCUCGCCCCCGCCCCCGGGUCACCACUUCGUCACCGCGCUGCAGUGGCGGCCGGGCAGUCCGCACCUGCUGGCCGCCAACAGCGCGGGGUUCGUGUGGCUGCUGGGACUGAGGCUGUGAGGGAGGUGGGGUCAGGGAGGGAGGUGGAGGGGGGGUAGAGGGGGAUAGAAAUAAGUAAACUAGGAAGGGACGUGGAGAAGGCGUAUGAGGCGGAGGGUAGGGUAAAGAGGAGACGGGGAGAGGGAGGGAGGGCGCGCAGGAAGGGAGGGAGGGAUGGGCUGUCGCGCGAGAGCCGCGGGGAGUGACGGCGGGUAGAGGACCGCAGGGUAGGCGAGGUGGUGGCUGCACUAGCUGCAAUGUGAGAGACGUGGCGUGUGCCGUACACGGUAGCAUGGUGCCGAGGGGAGGUAGGUAGGAGGAGCGGGGUGUGCCUGUCUGCCUGUCUGUGCGCCUCCUUGCAAAUCAACCCAAUCCGCAGUACGGAUACGAUGGAGAACCCAACCCGGUGUGUGCCUGUGUUGAGCGAUCUGCUGCUGCGAGUUGGGGGACGAGCGAGUUACUGCAUGCGGAGAAGAGCUAACGAAGUGUUAUAAGUUGUAAAAUGUUUAGCGCGGGGAUGGAAGUGUAGCUAGGAGGGAGGGUGAAGCUGCGGUCCUUACUUAGCUGGUAACCGGUGCUAGGUGGGAUGACAGUGCUGAGCUGGCAGCUGCUGCUGCUGUUGUAGCGCCGAGAGGUGUCUACAGGUGUAGUGAUGAGAGGGGCGCUGGAGGGGGAGGCUGGGUAUGCGGCGAUCCUUACCGUUACCGUUUGCAACUCACUCUUGUGUAGUACCGCCGUGUGAAGCAAAGAGCCAGGGUGAGCGAAUGCUGCCGAAUCACAUUGGCCUACUAGCAGGGUUGUAAUGCACUUUGCGGUUGGCAGCGGUUAGCAACAUGAUAUAUGCUUCAACGAGCAG